AUGAAUACUUUAAGAAUCAUAACAGCCUUAGUGCUGACUUGCUUUGCUAAGGCACAAGCAACACCUUGUGAUGGAUUUCCAUCACCUUAUUAUGGACUAGGCCUAUCUGGUUAUCCACCAGCAUUACCACUCCCUUGCCCGCCACCACCACCGCCACCAUGCCCACUCCCACUCUCUCUUCCAUUCUUACCACCACCACCACCCCCAUGUUUACCACUACCACCAUUACCACUCCCUCUUCCUUGCUUACCACCCCCACCCCCACCAUGCUUCCUUCCACCGCCGUGUUUACCAUUACCACCAUUACCACUCCCUCUUCCUUGCUUACCACCCCCACCACCACCAUGCUUCCUUCCACCACCGUGUUUACCACUACCACCAUUACCACUCCCUCUUCCUUGCUUACCACCACCACCACCCCCCUGUCUUCCAGCGCCAUGUCUUCCAGCUCCAGCUUUACCACCCCCAUGUCUUCCUGCCCCAGUUCUACCACCCCCAUGUCUUCCUGCCCCAGUUCUACCCCCUCCAUGUCUUCCUGCCCCAGUUCUACCACCACCAUGUCUUCCAGCCCCACCUUUGCCACCAUGCAUACCAUCACCGCCCAUUAGUCCAGCGGCUCUAGCCGCUUUAUUAGCUACUCUUAAAGCAGCGGCACCUAUUUCACCCCUUGCCACACUCCCUGUUCCACCACCUGCCCUACCAGCUUGUGGACCCGCUCCGACAGUAGCUACAACCCUGACGGUCCCCGCACCUGCACCUCAGGUCAUAGCUCCAGGACCAGCACCAGGUCCAUUGAUAGUCCAAUUGCCGUCAGUAGCCGGAAAGGUAGCGCCAAUCGUCGUUCCCGCCGGUCUAGCCGCUAACUUAAUUGUCAAACUGGCUCAAUCUCCAGCUCCCGCACCCAUCAUACUUCCAGGAGCGGCACCCGGCCCUAUCGUCAUCAACGACGGAAACGUAAUCAAGGAACAGUCCGUCACGUAUGCUCCAGCUCCCGAUCCAAACAAAAUAUUCUUCGCGUUACCACCGCCAUUACCGACUCCGCCUGUCGUGUUGCCACCCGCGCCAUUGCCAAAGGUGUUCUUCAAUCCCGGUCUAUAUGUCCAAAAACCUGAUAUCGUUUACCAAACUCCAGCCGGUAUACCUCAAUUGUUUUUGAUUCCGUCGCCGUGCCCAUGUCCAGCACCGUGCUACCCACCACCCGGUCCAUGCAACUUACCUCCAGUCCUUGCUAAGGUUCCUGGCGUUUGUUAA